AUGUCACGCGAUUAUCCUAUUAUUGAUUUGGACAAGACCAUGUCUCGCAGGGACUUCUCUGGUUCCUUCCCCGCGCCCGACCGUAUCUCACUGCCGAGGAUGUAUACCAACGGAGACCGAGAUAGUCGAGAUAAUCACCUGCGACACCUCCCUCCCAUGCCUUCCCCACCCCCAGCCAAGCGAUAUAAAUCAGAGUCCAAUCCACCAAGCGAGGUCGGCAGUCGGUACUAUUCACACUCCGUCGGGGCAAGCGAUCGAGGUCGAUCACGGCAACCCUCCAACGCCAUGGACCUGUGCACCCUGAUCGACCGCGAUCCAGUCGAUACAGAUCCCAGGAGGAAUGCUCGGUUCAUGAGCAAUGGCUCGGUGGCGACGCAGGCGUCCAUGGUGUCAAACGCUUCUCACCUAUCGCGAUCGUCCCCGAUCAUCUCCAAUGAUAAAAAAAUCCCCGAAAAGUAUCCUCCUCACAAAGAAAACGGCCGAGAAUACCACGGAUAUCGAAAGGGCAAGUACCCGCUCCCGUGCGACGAAGAAGAGCAGGACCGUCUCGAUAUCUUCCACAAAUUAUUUACGGUAGCUCGAGCGGGGGAUGGAUUGCUAUACGCACCCAUGCCCAAGAAUGCCAGGAUUCUAGACUUGGGCUGCGGGACAGGCAUCUGGGGCAUCGAAAUGGCCAAAAAGUUCCCCGACGCCUUUGUGGUUGGCUGCGACCUCGCUCCAAUCCAACCGAGUAACUCUCCCAAAAACUGCGACUUCUACGCCCCCUUCGACUUUGAAUCCCCCUGGACGCUGGGCGAUGACUCCUGGGAUAUCGUCCACAUGCAGAUGGCCGCCGGCAGCGUCGCCAGCUGGCCUAGCCUCUACCGUCGCAUUCAUCAGCACCUUCGACCCGGUGGCUGGGUCGAGCAGCUCGAGAUCGACUUUGAGCCCCGCUGCCAGGGUAGCAGCCCCGGGCCCGCUUUGACAAGCUGGUACUCAACACUGCGACACGCGACUGAGUCCUCUCAGCGACCCAUUGCGCACAGUCCGAGUGAAACCAUACGAGCUUUGCGCGACGCUGGCUUCACCGAGAUUGAUCACCAGACUGUCGGGCUGCCGCUGAACCCCUGGCAUACGGAUGAGCACGAGCAGAAGGUGGCCCGCUGGUACAAUCUGGCUAUCUCGGAGAGUGUCUUCCCUCUCAGCUUGGCUCCUUUCAGUCGCGUGCUAGGCUGGACCAAAGCGCAGAUUGAACAGAUCUCCGCAGAUGUCAAGCACGAGGCCUUCGAUAAACAAAAACACACUUGGAAUAUGGCUCAUAUCUAUCAGGCGCGCAAACCACUCGUGCCUGUUGUCUUGGAUUGA